AUGUCUCAAAUAACCACUCCGCUCACAAGCCUCCUCGGCAUCCAACACCCCAUACUCUUGGCCGGUAUGGCCCGGACAUCAGGCGGUCCCCUUGCCGCCGCAGUCUCCAAUGCAGGAGGCCUGGGCACUGUCGGCGGACUGGGCUACACCCCUGACCAGCUCGACGAGAUGCUCACAGAGUUAAAAUCAUACCUGAAAAGCCCCGACCUGCCCUUCGGCGUUGACCUCGCGCUGCCUAAGGUCGGCGAGGGCGCCCGCAAGACGAACCACGACUACACGCACGGGAAACUCGAUGAGCUCAUUGAGGUGACCAUUAAACAUGGGGCGAAGCUGUUUGUCUCUGCCGUCGGCGUGCCGCCGGCACACACUAUCAAGCGACUGCACGAGGCGGGCAUCUUGGUUAUGAACAUGGUCGGCGCGCCCAAGCAUGCGGAGAAGGCGCUAGCGGCCGGGGUGGAUAUUGUGUGCGCGCAGGGCGGUGAGGGCGGUGGGCAUACCGGAGAUGUGCCUUUCUCCGUCCUGAUCCCUGCGGUCGUGGACGUAGCGCGCAAGUACAAGAGCCCGCUGACUGGGCAGCCCGCGCUGGUUGUUGCUGCUGGCGGCGUCAGUGACGGGCGCAGUCUGGCUGCGUCGCUGAUGCUGGGUGCUUCCGGGGUGUGGGUUGGUACGCGCUUUGUGGCGUCGGAGGAGAGCGGGGCCAGCCGGAUGCAUAAGGAGGCGGUAGUGGAUGCUGGGUUUGGCGAUACGGUUACCACGCUUGUUGUGUCUGGGCGGCCACUGCGGGUGUUGCCGAAUGACUAUAUAAAGGCGUGGCAUGCGCAGCCGGAGGAAAUCAAGAGGCUCACGGAUGCGGGGGUGGUGCCUAUUAUGAAAGACUUUGACGAGGGGAAGGAUGUUGAUAUUCCGUUUUUGAUGGGGCAUGUUGCAGCUGUUGUGAAGGAUAUUAAGCCUGCAGGGCAGAUUGUGGAGGAAAUGGUUAAGGAGGCGGUGCAUAUGUUGAAGGUAGGGCAUGGAUACUUGAAGGAGGGAAGUAAGUUGUGAUUGCCAUCUGCGGUUUACGAUUUGGUAUGUAGUCCCGGUUUUUUUUGACACUGUAUAUAAAAUAUUUUUAGUCUUGUUUGUGUCAGUUUAAUUACGAGGGAAAGAGGUUCAUUCUUUC